AUGAUGAUGCGACCCGUUGUGUGUUUGCUGGUUUUUCUGCUGAGUGUUGCCUCUCUCUGCAUGGAAGCUAACGCGUUUACGAAUGAACCUAAUGGGACAGCUGGUGAUGGUAAGAGCGAGUGGUGCACUUUUAAUGAUUCUACACGUACUGUUUCCUGUACAGGUAAUGUCUUUACAACUCUCUAUAAGGAAGAAGUUAUUCCAUGUAACUCAGACUCUGCUGAAAGUUCAAAGUCGUGUGGCAAACGUGUUCCGCCUGAGAAACAAACUCCGAGUGGAGAACAUAACUCAGUGCAGCUGGAACCGGAAGUGGUUCUUGCAGGAGAACUCCUAUCUGCAACUGAAGAAACUUCUUCACACGAAAAACAAGAUGCUGGGAAAGACAUGGAUCAAGAAAAGAUAACACGUGCCGAUUCUCCGUCCGCCGAAGAUGGUAGAGGUGGUGACAGUGUGGAUAAUACUUCUGCUCAUCACGUGGAGAGGAGUGACUCCACAGACGGAGCUAUUAAAAUAGUUGAAGAACAGAGCCAGACUCCACAAGGUAACCAGGACUUAACGGAUAAAAGUACAACGGCCAACUCUACUCCUACCCAUCAGUCUUCUGCAGCUGCAGGUACUCCUGCUACAGAAGGUUCACACGUGAUCGGCAAUGCUGAUUCAACGGCCAACACCACCACUACUAGUACCACUGAAGAACCAACCACCACUCCAUCUCUUGUACCCAACGCAGAGAUCAGCAGCAUCGCACCCAUUGUGCAGAAGAAUAAGGGUAAUGUUGACAGCAGUGUGAAUCCUGUGUGGAUGGGCACUGCUGCACCGCUGCUGAUUGUGGCUGUGUUGUUCUCCGCUACCGUGUAA